AUGGAGAGGUCAAAGAGAUUCCUUUGGUGUCUUAGGAAAGGAAGCAAGCCACUAGAGGAGAGCCAGAUCAGUGAUUUUGCAUCACUUGUUCAUGAUAGGAUGACAGAAUUCAUCGAGAGGGGAAGACAAGCAUUGGAAGAGAUUAAUGUAAAGAUGGGCCUUUCUUUUGAUGAACAAGAUAUUCAAUACUACACCAAACUUUUAAGAGAUGACAUUAAGAGGAAUCCAACAACAGUUGAGCUCUUUGAUGUUGUACAGUCAAACAGUGAGCAUAGCAGACAUUGGUUCUUUAAUGGGAAGCUCAUUAUAGAUGGUGAGACAAUGAGCAGAACACUAAUGCAAAUUGUGAAGGGCACUUUGAAGGCAAAUCCAAAUAAUUCUGUGAUUGGAUUCAUGGACAAUUCAAGUACAAUAAAGGGGUUUGCAGUAUCCCAGUUGCGCCCAGUAUCACCUGGCCUGACAUGCCCCUUUGAUAAUAUGAUGCCUGAACUAGAUGUAUUAUUUACUACAGAGACCCAUAAUUUUCCUUGUGCCAUAGCUCCUUACCGCGGGGCAGAAACAAGAGUUGGAGGUCACAUAAGGGACACACAUGCUAUUGGACAGGGAUAUUUUGUUGUAGCUUCUACAGCAGGAUAUUGUGUUGGUAAUCUUCAUAUUGAGGGGACCUAUGCGCCAUGGGAAGAUUCAUCUUUCACAUAUCCAUCAAAUUUGGCUACUCCUUUACAAAUUUUGGUUUCUGCAAGUGAUGGAACAUCUGACUAUGGCAAUAAGUUUGGAGAGCCUCGGAUUCAAGGUUACACAAGGACAUUUGUGGGGGGCAUUGGAAAAAUUGAUCAUGUGCACAUAUCAAAAGGAGAACCAGAAGUUGGAAUGCUUGUUGUCAAGAUCGGAGGUCCAGCUUAUCGAAUUGGAAUGGGAGGUGGUGCAACUUCAAGCAUGCUCAGCGGGAACAAUGAUGCAGAAUUAGAUUUUAAUGCAAUGCAGCGAGGAGAUGCUGAAAUGGCUCAGAAGCUUUAUCGUGUAGUACGUGCUUGUGUUGAAAUGGGAGAUAAAAAUCCUAUUAUUAGCAUCCAUGAUCAGGUGCUGGGGGUAAUUGUAAUGUUGUAA